ACAAGUGAGAAAGAAAGAAAGAAAGGAGGAGAGAACAGAGAUAGAGACACUCCAAUGUCUUCAAUUCACUCCGUCCCCUGAAAGUCGCCGACUACCGACGAUUGAUUUCGCCGAUUCCAUGGGCGAGCAAUCCCCAGCCCAGCCGCAUCCGCAGCCGCAAUCCCAGGCUCAUAAUGACUCUGCCACCACGCAGACACAGACCCAAACCCAACCCGACAACCUCAACGCCACCAUCACGGCGGCGACCACCACCGAACUGACCAAUGUUACUCCUCCAAAGACCUCCGCUCCUUCUAAAAUCCCUCUACGACCUAGAAAAAUUCGGAAACUUUCCCCUGAAGACGUCGACCCAAAUUCCUCUCCUCAAAUCACCACCACGACAACGGUUGCGAUUGUCCCGAUUGAACAACCUAAAAGCACUUCAAAGGCUACCAAAACCAAACUCACCCAGCAGCGGGCGUUGGUGCCGCGCAUCAUCGCCCGCUCCUUGUCCUGUGAAGGCGAGGUCGAGACAGCCAUCCUUCAUCUCCGAAAUGCUGAUCCCCUCCUCGCUAACCUCAUCGACGUCCAUCUUGCCCCUACCUUCGACACUUUUCGCACUCCUUUCCUCGCUCUUACUCGCAGCAUUCUUUACCAGCAGCUCGCAUUCAAAGCGGGUACCUCCAUCUAUACUCGCUUCAUCGCCCUCUGCGGUGGCGAAUCAGGUGUCCUUCCCGAGACCGUCCUUUCCCUCACCCCACAACAGCUCCGCCAAAUUGGGGUAUCCGGCCGCAAAGCCAGUUACCUUCACGAUCUAGCGAGAAAGUACCAGAAUGGGAUUUUAUCAGACUCCGCCAUUGUAAAUAUGGAUGAUAAGUCGCUUUUCACCAUGCUUACUAUGGUCAAUGGAAUCGGUUCUUGGUCUGUACACAUGUUUAUGAUUUUCUCGCUUCACAGACCGGAUGUGUUGCCAAUUAAUGAUCUUGGGGUUCGGAAAGGAGUCCAAUCCCUGAACAAUUUGGAGGAGUUGCCGAGGCCCUCACAGAUGGAGCAAUUGUGCGAGAAGUGGAGGCCAUACAGGUCCGUCGCUUCUUGGUAUCUAUGGAGAUUUGUGGAGGCCAAGGGGGCUCCAUCAAGUGCUGCAGCAGUUGCAGCCGGUGCUAGCUUGCCACCACCGCAACAGGAGGAACAGCAGCAGCACCAACAGCAGCCACAGCUUCUUGCCCCAAUUAAUAGCAUUCUCGAUCUUGGGACUUGUGGAUGGGGACACUAAUAGGUAUCAGAAUCAGAACCUUGAUCAUUUGCAUGAAUCAAUGGAUGAGCCUAGAAGGAAGGAACUUCAAAGCAAUCUCUCCAGAAGGAAUCCUACUGUUUUCGAUCAAGACCUUGUAGGGUGUCUAGCCACUCACUUUGAGAUUGAAUAAAACACUCUGUGCUCAUGUUCCUGUGUUUAGGACACCAGCUUUAGUUAUCAAUCAUUCCAUAUUAGGACACUACAGAAUGCAAUGCCCUUCUAGAAUGUGGCUCCGCCUUUCAAUUUUCAAAUUUAUCAGCUGCAUGUUUUUGUAAAUCUUUCAACAACUUUUUCACAUGCUUGAACUUAGAACUUUCCUUUGUUAAUGAAGUUGUGAACAUUUAUGUGGCAGUAUGUAUAAUUAAUACAGUAACAGGUUAUAA